CCUCUCCCUCCCUCCGUCUCCAUGUAAUACCCCUCUACUCUAUUCACAUCCACAGAGCAAGCAAGAAUUGGAUUUUCAAGGUUGUCAUGUUUUCGUAUCUAAUUAAAUACUAUUAUUUAAUAAUGACAUGGGUCCCUUUUGCUUUUUUUUUGGGUAAGCUGACUUCCACACCAAGAUGCCGUGUAUAGACUAUAGACUGCAGACUUUCACUAGUUUCUUGAGGCCUUUUGAUCUAAAUAAUUAGUUUAUUAAGGUCUUUUUGGGACAUUGACUGAAGGGUCUCUUCUCAAAUUACUCGUUGUUUAGGAACUGAGGUUAAGCAAUCCCGUCUAGGAAGAUUUGAAGGAUAACCUUGGAACUGGGAGAAUGAGAACGGUUCCUGCAUCUUAUCAAGGCUUUCUUUCUUUGCUCCUGAAUUCGUGACAACCAGAUUUAUCUACGCGCAUUCGUUGGGGGCAAUGAAGUGCUUUUCAUUCCACAGUGGAGACAAGACGGAUGAACCAAAAACUCCAAAGUCAGUCUCUGUUCAAUCUGUGAAUUCUCCAGGUGCUGAUCGUGAAAUAGGAAGAUCUGGUUCUGAAUUGAAUUCUCAAAAUGUCUCUGGUACCAGCACAGAGUCCAUGGUCAGGCCCUCACUUCCUAGUAUGUCUCAAAGGCCCAGCAAUCUCAGAGUGUUCACAGUUUCUGAGCUUAAGUCAGCUACCAAGAAUUUUAGCCGUUCUGUCAUGAUUGGAGAAGGUGGAUUCGGUUGCGUUUAUAAAGGAUCUAUUAAGAGCACCGAGGAUCCAACUACAAAGCUUGAAAUUGCUGUGAAACAGCUGGGUAAAAGAGGGGUGCAGGGGCACAAAGAAUGGGUCACCGAAGUAAAUGUUCUUGGAGUAGUCGAGCAUCCGAACCUUGUCAAAUUAGUUGGUUACUGUGCGGAUGAAGAUGAAAGAGGAAUGCAGCGGCUUCUAAUAUAUGAAUUUAUGUCCAAGGGAAGUGUUGAGGACCAUUUAUCCAUCCGAUCAGAUAAACCUCUUCCAUGGGCCAUGAGACUGAGGAUAGCCCAAGAUGCUGCUCGUGGCUUAAAGUAUCUACAUGAAGAAAUGGAUUUUCAGAUCAUCUUCAGGGAUUUCAAAUCAUCAAACAUUCUUUUAGAUGAGCAGUGGAACGCCAAGCUAUCAGAUUUUGGGUUGGCAAGGCUAGGACCUUCUGAAGGAUUGACUCAUGUUUCAACUGCGGUUGUAGGAACCAUGGGAUAUGCAGCUCCUGAAUACGUCCAAACAGGACGUCUCACAUCCAAAAGUGAUGUCUGGAGCUAUGGGGUCUUCCUUUAUGAACUCAUUACAGGAAGGCGCCCUUUGGAUCGAAACCGACCCAAGAGUGAGCAGAAGCUCUUGGAAUGGAUAAGACCAUACCUAUCAGACGCCAAGAAAUUCAAGCAAAUAGUGGAUCCCAGGCUUGAGCAGAAAGACAUCCUCAAGUCAGCCCACAAGCUUGCAAAUAUAGCCAACCGAUGCUUAGUUAGAAACCCAAAAUUACGUCCCAAGAUGAGUGAGGUGUUGGAAAAGAUGAAUCAGAUUGUAGAUGCAUCUACAGGGACCGAAAGUGCCCAGCAGUCCUCCAAGAAUUCAGCACCAAUAAAAACUUCGCACGGCACCACAGCAAAAAAUAAAAGGAGAAAUGUAGAUCUCAAAACUGGAGAAAGCGGCUGGUUUGGUUGGAUGUGGAAUCCAAAGCAUGUUAGAACAUGCUAAUUGCAGUAAACUCGAGCAGAUUUAUUGUCUGGUAGGUUUUGUGGCUGGUGGAGUAUAAAUAGGAAAAACUGUUUGAAGCUGGAAGGCUUCCAUCAUUUAUUGGCUGAUCAACAAAGCUGGUUGAAAAACUUUUAUAUACACAAUAACUUGUAGAAAUCACUGAAGGGAAGGGGAGGUAUAAGAGCAACUCUAGAUUCCUGCUUCUGAAUAAGUGCAUCGCUGGUCCAGAAUUUAAUGAAUUAGUAGAUGCUGGUCUGCAUUGGAAAACUUUCCCGAGGUUGUAGCACUGCGACAUGUAAACACUCUUUGGUGGGUUUUGCAUGCUUCAAUGUAUGUCUUGAGUAGAAUAUGUUUGCCUAAUUUUACCACUUUACAGGAGAGUUACUAAUGAGUAUCAUAUCAUUCCUUGUAACAUUUUUUAGAUUGGAAUGUUUGAAGAUCGAUUCCUCGAACUACAUAGUUGUUUAUGUAAAAUUGUCGUUACCUCGUUUGUUA